GUCUUCACCGUUAAACGUCACCCAGAAGCCGCUCCGGCGAAUGGGGGUGCAUGAUGGCUGAGAAAGCUCACUUCUGACGAUGAAGAACGACUGCUUCAAACGGCUAGUACAGGGGGCCUCUGACAAUCAAAGACAGACGGGAGCAAGAGGUAAGCAGCCAUAUGUGAUCGAGAAACAGUGCUUUGAUUUCUGGAUAUGAUCUUUCUCUUCAAUGCUUGUUCGAGUUUUCAGGAGUUUUUUGUUUUCGCGUCUAACAGUAACUAAACAGAGAAUGGAAGAAAGAUGCCUGGUAUCGAGCAGGAGGUGCGCAUUAACGGCCACUCUUCCCCUUCUUAUGCUGCUUUCCAAGCAAAAAAAAAUGGCAUGACCAAAAAGCUCCCCUCUGACUCUGUUAUUAACCUUGACCAUGGUGAUCCAAAAAUGUUCGAGCUAUAUUGGCAGAAGAUGGGGGACAAGUGCACAGUGGUGAUCUCCGUCUGGCAAUCGCUAAGCUACUUCUCCGACAUUACAAACUUGUGCUGGUUUCUGCAGCCGGAAUUAGCGGAAGAGAUCAGACGCUUGCAUCAUUUGGUGGCCAGCACUGAAACAGAAGGUCGUUACAUUGUGGUUGGUACUGGUUCAACUCAACUCUUUCAAGCAGUGCUCUAUGCUUUAUCAUCUCCCGAUUCAACAGAAUCGAUCAACAUCAUUUCAACCGUUCCAUACUAUUCGUCUUAUCCGACGGUCACCGAUCUCUUAAACUUCGGGUUCUACAAAUGGGCCGGCGACGCAUACAUGUACAAAGGUGAUCUACCUUACAUAGAGCUCGUAACCUCCCCAAAUAAUCCAGAUGGGUUUAUUCGGGAAAUGAUGGUUAACCGGAGUGGAGGGAAGCUUAUUCAUGACCUGGCUUACUAUUGGCCUCAAUAUACACUGAUUACAACUCCAACGGAUCAUGAUCUCAUGCUAUUCACCAUCUCCAAAAGCACUGGCCAUGCUGGGCCACCAUCUCCAAAAGCACUGGUCAUGCUGGGUCACAGGCAGAUCAUGAUCUCCAAAAUCUCAUUCAUGAUCUCAUGCUAUUCUCAAGAUCAUGUCUGA